CUAGUGCAGAAAAUAGGCAGAAGCAGACGGGAGCCAGCAGGCACGUUGACCCGGCGCAAUUGACCACCAUCAAAUCAUUGCUCCCAAAUCUCCCUACCAGUCUGUCAAUCUCUUCUCCAUGUGACCAUCCAUGAAACAACAUCCGCAGCAACGACCGUAUCAAAAUCCUCCUCCCAUGGAAUCGUCUGCGUCGAGGAGGCAGAGGCGAGCGAGCACCAGCAGCAUGAGCAGCGGCCAGCAAGUCUCAGGCAUCAGCGACUUCAGCAGGGCGGCUUCCGACGGGUACCCGUACCCUUCCUUCACCUCCUCCGACGCCGCCGCCUCCUACCGGCGGCAGCCCUCGUCGUACAGCGCGCCGUUUUCCCAGGUGAGCCGGAGCUCCACCCGCAGCAGCAGCAGCUCGUUCAGCGCGGCGGCGCGGGGCGUCGCGGGGGUGUUCGGCACCUGCUUCGUGCCCCGGGUCAGGAAGGAUGCGACGGAGGAAGAACGGGAGGCUUCUCGGGGGAGCCGGAGUGCCGGGUUUUCUCAGGGCAGCAGAAGUGGAGGUUUUUCUCAGGGGAGCAGGGGCGCAGGUGUACAUGCCUCCACAGAUUCAGCAGGGCCGGGCAAAGAAAGUUCAGGGCUCACAGUUGCAGAUAUAUCCAGGGCAACAUCAAACUUCAGUGAGAAGAACAUGGUGAAGCAGGGAGCUUCUUCCAGCAUCUACAAAGGGAAGCUCAAGGAUGGGUCCGAGGUUGCCGUUAAACGCGCUAGAAAGUUAAACGGUCAGUAUCUGUCUACUGAGCUUAGCAGGGAGCUCGAAACGCUUCAGAAGAUCGAGCAUCAGAAUCUGGUCAGGUUCCUUGGGUUCCUGGAGCAGAGAGAAGAAACACUGAUCGUCGUCGAGUACGUCGACAAUGGCUCCUUAAGGGAACACUUGGAUGAAUCGCGCGGAACCGGGUUAGAACUCGCGCAGCGGCUCAACAUCGCGAUCGAUGUUGCUCAUGCCAUCACCUACCUGCACGGAUACGCAGAACGGGCGGUGAUCGACCGGGACAUCCGGUCGACGAACGUGCUGCUGACGGGCGCGCUGUCGGCGAAGGUGGCAGGGUUCGGGCUGGCGAGGAUGGCGGCGGACGACGGGCCGGAUGCGACGCACGUGACGACGCGGGCAGUGGGCACCGCCGGGUACGUGGACCCGGAGUACAUGGUCACGCUCCAGCUCACCGACAAGAGCGACGUCUACUCCUUCGGCGUCCUCCUCGUCGAGCUCGUCACCGGCCGCCCACCCAUCGAGCGCCGCCCCGGCCUUGACCCACGCGCCACUACCAAAUGGGCGAUGCAGAAGUUCAGGGGAGGGGACGCGGUGGUGGCCAUGGACCCGAGGAUGCGGAGGAGCCCGGCGUCCGUGGCGGCGGUCGAGGGGAUGCUGCGGCUGGCCGAGCUGUGCGUCGCGCCGGCGAGGAAGGACCGGCCAUCGAUGCGGCGGUGCACCGAGGCGCUAUGGACCGUGCGGCGGGACUACCACCGGAGGCAAGAGCCGCGGCAGGACGCGUCUCCGGGCAUCGCCACCGGAGACAGGAGCGCCGAGUGGGUGAGCCGAUGAUGUUGCUGGUACAACCGGUUCGGCAGUACCCUGCGAACAAAUCGAAAUCUAGCACGUGCUCUGCAAAUUACAACUCUGACCUCUGAUCUCUGAACUCGUCCUAUGUAAAUGUUUGUAAAUUUUGACCAUUCAGAUUAAAGAUUUGGACAAAUAUAGUUUGAAACAAUUUGAGAUUUUUUU